AUGAACCAUCAGAUCCCGCCCUCGGGGCCAGCGGAACUCGCGGUGGAUCCGGAUUACCUCCUUAAGGUGAACGCCUUUAUCCGCCAACGGCGCCUCGAGCUGCUAGGCCCCGACAACAUCGCGCCCGUCUCCGCCGUGCAGGUCGCUCCGCCGCGCCACCAUCCUGCUGAAUCGCACCAAACUCCCAUCCAACCGCACCGAACCCCAAGCCCACCGCGCCAAACCCCUAUUCCGCCGCAGAUCGUCUCGGCCGCGCAGGUCGUUCCGCCGCGCUAUCCCGUAACCGCGACUCCGCCGCCACCCCACCAGCCCCUGGGUCAACCGCCUUUCCUCGCCGCUUUAGCCACCAGCGAUUCAUCUGCUCCGCGAGUCGCGCAGCCCGCCCCGCCCGCAGACGGCCUCGGGAAUGCCGCGGCUGAUGGCACGUUGUCCGCCGUUGGAUCGUCAACAAGGCCGGCGAUCAACGGUGCACCGGUGGCUGGCCUAGAAGCUGGCGAUCUGAGGGCCAACGGCGGGACGAACCUCGCUGUUGCUGCAGUAUCCACCGCUACAGCUCCUUCAGUGACGACUGCUGCAGUGCCCACUGCUACAACCCCUUCCGUUCCUUCUUCUGCUGCGGCUACAGCUGCUGUUCCAUCGAGCAUGGCUGUUCAUCCCGUCGUCGCUGCUGCCACUCCUCCUGGGUCCAUUGCACUGCCUCCGACCCAUCCCGCCAUGAAUGCUCACUCCGCUGCCACGUCAGCAGCGACUGCUCCCGUCGUGACAGCUGUCGCUACUGCUGGCGCGGACGCAGCUGCGGCGACUGCUGUCCCCGAACCCUCUUUCACCCCCGAACCCUCUGCUGCCCCCGAGGUCAGUGUUGCUGCUACCCCCGUCCGUGUCCCUGCGCCGCCCCUGCCUGCUGCUGCUGCUGCGCCUGGCGCUGCUGCUGCGCGCGCCUCAGCGAGUCCUGAGGCGGGCCUUUCCGCGCCCGCUGGCGCAGUGGUGGCUGUCGCGCUGCAGCAGCAACAGCAGCAGCAGCAGCUGCAGGGACGACAGGCGGAGGGGGACGCUGGCGCGCGCAGGCAGGGGAGCGCGCAGGGGGGCGCGCAGGGGGAUAGAAAGGCGGAUGCUUUUAACGGGAUUGUUUCUAAAGGGGGAGGUGAGGGGGAAGAGGGGGAGGAGGAUGAGGGGAGUGGUGAUGGGGAUGGCGGGAAAAGGCGGGGAGGUGGGCGGAGGGGUGGGGGAGGGAGCGGGGGAGGUAGAGGGGGCGGAGGUAACAGGAGGGGAGGGGGAGGAGGAGGGGCGGGGGGUUCCUCGUCUGGGGGAGGACGGGGAGGGGGAAGCAGGGGGUCGGCGGAUGGGGGAACGGCCCCUGGGGCGUCGGGGGAAGAGGCGGAGGGUUGGGACGAGUAUGGGGGAGAGGGGGAGGAGGAUGGAGGGGAGUGGAUGGCUGGGGAGGAGGUUGUGGGGGAGGGGGAGGAGGAAGGGGAGGAGGAGCAGGGGGAUGGGGGCAUUGAUGAGCGGGAGGAGGGGAGGGAGGAAGAGGAGAGAGGGAGAGAGGAGAGGGGGCAUGAGCAGGCAAAUACUGAGAGAAUCACUUUGGAAAACGGGGUAGGGGACGGGAGAGGGGGGUUAGAAGAGGGAGAGGGGGGAGAGGGGGGAGGGGGAGAGGGGAGAGGGGAGGGGGUAGAGAGGGAGGAAGCGGCGGAGCAAGGGCAGGUGAUGGAGGAGGGGAGGGGAGGGGGGGGCGUGGGAGAGGAGGGGGAGAGGCGAGGAGAUGAGACUGUGGCAGACCGGGCAUUGGAAGGGGCUGAGAUUGCGGGAGAGGGAGGUUCAGGCGGAGGUGAAGCAGGAGAGUGUGUGGCAGGUGAAGCGAGGGCGGAGGGGGAGUUUGGCGCGAAGCAAGAGAAUUUCGGGCCGACCGAAGAGUUGCCUGGUGCUGUGUGCAUAGAUGGGGGGUGUGGGGCGAUGGAGGAGAGGAAAGAGGGGGAGGAACAUGGCGAGGGGAAGGGGGGAGGCGGAGGGGAGGAGAUGGCAGAUGAGGUGGAGAGCGGGGGGGAAAAGGAGAGGGAAGGCGUGGAGGGUAGAGGAGAGGAGGAGCUAGGAAGGGAAGUGAGUGAGGAAUCGGAAAGGAACGGUGGGGAGGAGAGGGAAGGGGAAGGAGAAAGGCAGCAGGAAGGAGUGCCGGAAAAGGAGCAGCAUGGGGAGCAGGAACAGGGGCAGGAAAGGGGGCAGGGAAAGGAGCAGGAUAGGGCGGAGGAUGGUGGGGAGGAUGCGAGUGGGUCAGAAGAGGCACCAGUUGAAACGGUGCCCCUGCCCCUGCCCGUGCCUCUACCCGUUCCCCCUGUUGCGAGCGCCAUGCAGUGCGCGCCUGGGGGGUGGUCUGGGGUUGGCGGAGAUGCGGCAUGGCAUGCCAUGCCUGCUGGCAUGCCCGUGCAGGGAGGGGGUGCUAUGCCCAUGCAGGGUCCUAUGGCUGUGCAAGGGGGAGUUUUCAUGCCCAUGCAUGCGGCUGGUGCUGCAGGCAUGGGCGCAGGCAUGGGAGGAGGCAUGGGAGCAGGAAUGGGAGCAGGCAUGGAGAUGGGAAUAGGGAUUGGUAAAGAUCUGUGCAUGGGUGUGGGCAUAGGUACGGGCAUGUGCACAGACAUGGGUACAGGUAUGGGCUCAGGUAUGGGUAUGGGAACAGGGGCGUCUGGUUGGGGCACGGAUGGGAGGGCAUGGCAAGGGCAGGGAGGGAUGGAGCGCGGUGGUUGUGGGGCUGGGGAGGAGUGGGAGCGCGAGCGCGUGCCCAAGGUGGUCGUCGCACCAUCCAACGAGAAGUCGCCACCUGGCGGCAAUCAUACUAGCAGCGCUGACGGCAGCAGCAUCACCAAUGCCCCCGUGGUCCUGUCUGCACGCUACCUGCCGCGAGUGGCUGCUGUGCCGGCCUGCCCCGCCCUGCUGCUGCCCUCCCCUGAGUGGCGGCAAUACGUGCAAGCUGCCUUUGGGUACCUGAGACAGAGCCUUGAGGGCGUCGACGAAUCACGAGUCGCCACGUGUCACGGCAUGCCCAUCCCAUCCCACCGCGACCUGCACGCAUGGCACUCCUACUGCUUCGGCCGAGCUCUGCCUUGUGAAAAUGAGGUGAACCAAGGGGAGGGAAGCGAGAGAGGAGGGAGUGAGGGGGGAGAGAGUGAGGAGGAGGGCAGCAGAGACGGGGAAGGGGAAGCGGAUGGGGAUGAUGAGGAGAAGGAUUUGAUUGGUGAGGAGGAGGGGGGUGCGUGGGAGGAGGAUGUGGAUGGGGAGCAAGAGGAGGAUGAGGGGGUGCAGGAGGCAGGGGGUGGGGGAAGGGAGGAGGAGUUGGGUGGUGAGGGAGGAGAGAAGGCGAGGGGCGAAAAGAGAGAGGAUGGAGAGGAAGUUGGUGGGGAGGGGGAGACGGAGCAGGGGGGUGAGGUUGGUUGUGGUUUGGCAGGUGAGGGUAAAGGCAUGGGGGAUGGAGGAAAGAGGGCGGGUGAGUGUGUGGAGAAAGGUGGAGGAGAAGAGGCGAGAGGAGAGGGAGAUGAGGCGUGUGAAGAAGGGGCUGAUGGGAAGGCGGAAGGUGGGAGUUUGAGAGAGGAGGUGGACGGUGGUGCCGGUGCCAAUGAUGCUGAUGUGGAUGCUGAGGUGGAUGCUGACGUGGAAGCAGCACUGGACGAAAUGAUCAACUACGCGGGACCCGUGCCUCUGUGGUUGCCAGAUAAUGACGAAAACAGCAACCUUGGUCUUGACCCAUCUGAAGACAACCAUGGGCACCUUCCCAUGCCAGUGCCAUGGCCGUCAGAUGCUGACGUGGCAGCCAUGGAGUGCGUGCUCCCGGGCCGGGCCAAUCAGCUCGCUCCGUUGCUCGGCACGGUGCUGCACUGCGAUGCGGUUGGCCGCGCCGCCCUGCUCCGCGCCCACGUGGACUGGGCCAUCGGCCAAUCAGCAGUCGACACGUGGCGCGGCAUGUGGCUGGUGGCGUGGGCGGCAGGGGUGGAUGAACCAAUAGAAGCGGAGACGGCAGCAGCGCUGCGAGAGCUGCUGAGGAAGUGUGCUGGGCUGAGGGCUUCGAUACAGUCACGCGAGGACCAGGGGUUGGAAAUGCUGAAUGUGCUUAUAGAGAUUGCAGGAGGGUAUUUCAAGCAGGGGUCCAAGGAGGAGAUGGAGCAGGCUGUGUGGGAAGAGCAGGGAGGGAUUGAAGGGGAAGGAGUGGCAGGAGCGGGAGAGGGAGGGGGAGAGGAAGAAGGGUUUGGGGUUGUGGUUACUGGUGGGGAGGGUGUAGAAGCAGAGCAGGAGAGCAUGGAGAUGAUUGGUGGAGGGGAGAAGCAUGUGGUGGAUGCAGCAGGUGCUGUUGAGGUGGGCACAGAGCCACGUCUCAACACGCUCCCCGCCUCUCCCCGCCUCUCCCCGCCUCUCCCCACCUCUGCCAUCAUGCUGAGCGGCGCAGCGCGUCGCAAGGGCCAUCAGCGCUUCUCGCUCCUCCUCCUAGACGACGGGGACCACUACAUCACCGAUUGGGUCGCCACGUGUCACCUCGUGGAUGGCCAGCCGCGCGCGCUCGCGGGCGGGCGGCUGCGGCUGUGCAUGAAAUCGCUCUUCUUCGAGCCGCAGGAUCCCGCCAUCCCCAUUAUAAUGUUCCCCAUGCCGCACAUAUUAGUCGUUUUCCACCCCGCGUCGCGCCGCCGGUACCGCUCGCAGCUGGGCGCGAAGCUCGCCGCGGAGGGGCGCAUCCGCGCGGAGUGGGCGGGGGAAGGCGCGGGGGCGGGCGGAGGCGGGGGAAGCGGCGGAAACGACAGGCCUGGCGGGGGUCGGGGCGGGGGAGGAGGGCGGAGGAGCGACGGCGGAAGGCUGGGGAAUGCGUAUGGGGAUGGGGGGUAUGGGGGAAGCACAUACGGGGAUGGAGGAUACGGGGAUAAUGAGGGGUAUGGGGGAGAUAAGGGCUACGGGGAUGUGGUGUAUGUGACAACGGGCAUGUACGUGGCGAUGAAGGCGAGUGGGCAAGACGUGCCGUACGAGUUUGAGAAGAAGGAGCUCGAUGAGGGCCACCUGCCGUCCACGUGGGCCUUUUCACUUGACUACUCGCCCACCUCGCGGCUGUUAGAUGAAGCCUUGCCAGUGCUGGGAGUGCAGCUGCUGCCGUAUGAGCAGAGGGACAUGGAGGUGGCGAGGCGCCUGUCCCUGAUGGAGGCGUCGGCGCCCUUUGACGUCAGCCGCCUUGUAGACCUUUCCGAACACAUUCUUCUUGACUGCCUCGCCUCCCAGGUUCGGCCGCUGGUUCGGGAGCCCGGUCGCCUUGUGAUCACACAGCAGCGGCUCUACUUCCAGCACGCCAACUCAGGAGGCGCAGGGGGAGGAGGGCUGGAAGCGGGAGGUGGCACCGGUGGGAGAGGAGGGGGAAGUGCGGCGGGUGGUGGGAGCGGGGGGAGCGGAGGGAGCGGGGGGAGUGGGGGCGGAGGGCCGUUGGGGGAUGGCAGCAGUGUGUUCUUUGUGUUUGGUUCCAAGGUGGAAAGGGACCGAGCUGCUGACCUGCUGCUGAAGCUGCUGGGCGGUGUGUCCAGCCCAGCAGCAGCGGCAGCAUCGCUGCUCGAGGCUCGCUCGCAUGCACUGCAGGCGGUCACAGGGCUGUGGCAGGUGGGGUUGUGGCAGGCGGGGCAGUUGAGGGGCUGUGGCAGCUACGUGCUCUACUGGCUUGUGCGCUCUGCACCAGCACACAUGCUGCGCCUGCAGAACGGCCGCUUUGACUCACCUGACCGGCUGUUCACGGGGUUGCAGGAGUCGUGGGAGAGUGUGCUGUCCAACGCCACUGACGUCAAGGAGCUCAUCCCGCACUUCUUCUCUCUGCCAGCACAUUUCCUCCGCCUCCCGCCGGAAAUCAAUGUAGGCAUGCGCCAGAACGGAGUGGCUUCUGAUUCGAUUCGACUCAGCAGUCACCUCUUUGCUCCCUCAUCACCCCACCCUCUCAUCACCUCAUCACCCCACCCUCUCAUCACCUCAUCACCCCACCCUCUCAUCACCUCAUCACCCCACCCUCUCAUCACCUCAUCACCCCACCCUCUCAUCACCUCAUCACCCCACCCUCUCAUCACCUCUCAUCACCCAUCACCCUCUCAUCACCUCAUCACCCCACCCUCUCAUCACCUCAUCACCCCACCCUCUCAUCACCUCAUCGCCCCACCCUCUCAUCACCUCAUCACCCCACCCUCUCAUCACCUCAUCACCCCACCCUCUCAUCGCCUCAUCACCCCACCCUCUCAUCGCCUCAUCACCCCACCCUCUCAUCACCUCAUCACCCCACCCUCUCAUCACCUCAUCACCCCACCCUCUCAUCACCUCAUCACCCCACCCUCUCAUCAACUCAUCACCCCAACCUCUCAUCACCUCAUCACCCCACCCUCUCAUCACCUCAUCACCCCACCCUCUCAUCACCUCAUCACCCCACCCUCUCAUCACCUCAUCACCCCACCCUCUCAUCACCUCAUCACCCCACCCUCUCAUCACCUCAUCACCCCACCCUCUCAUCACCUCAUCACCCCACCCUCUCAUCACCUCAUCACCCCACCCUCUCAUCACCUCAUCACCCCACCCUCUCAUCACCUCAUCACCCCACCCUCUCAUCACCUCAUCACCCCACCCUCUCAUCACCUCAACACCCCACCCUCUCAUCACCUCAUCACCCCACCCUCUCAUCACCUCAUCACCCCACCCUCUCAUCACCUCAUCGCCCCACCCUCUCAUCACCUCAUUGCCCCACCCUCUCAUCACCUCAUCACCCCACCCUCUCCCACCCACGCCACCACCUUGCAGGCCGGACCUCAAUCUCGGCACGCGCCAGAACGGAGUCCCGAUUGCGCCACGUCAGACAGCACAGCUGGCGAGGCUGAGGGCGGAAGCAGCGACGCAGGUGGCGUGACAAUCAGUGGCAAAAUGGCAGAGGAAGACGAGACGGGGAGGCUGAAGGCGCUGCAGGGGGCGGUGGGGCUUGGAAGCUUCAACGCCAGGCAAGCAGCGCAGAGCAGGGGUGCUAUUGGUGCCACACGCUCCACACUCAGUGCAGUGAGUGUUGUUAGUGCUGUUAAUGCUGUGAGUGCAGAUAGUGCUGUGGGUGCUGUGGGCGAUGCAGGUAAUGCGGCAGGUGGUGUCAUCGGAGGGGUGAGGUCCACACCGGGGGUGGCAAGAGCAGCAGCGGUGAGGGAGGGAGAGGAGAUGGCGGCGCUGAGGGAAUGGCUAGAUGAGGCUGGUGUGGGGCGAGCAGGGGGGGAAGAGCCGCCUGCCUGCUCGCCCCCCUUCUCCCCCACUGCGCCCUUCCCUUCCUUUCAGCCGUCCCCUGCUGUGGAUUCUUUUUUUUUUGGUAGUAGCACGGGGAAGAGCAAAGGGAGCGGCAAGGGGAGCAGCUACGGGGGCAGCACGGGAAGCAGCAGAGUGAAUGGCAAGGCGAGCGGAACAGACGGUGUCAGUGCUGCUGGGCUCAUUAGACGACCACGUGUGGCUCUACUCGCUGAUCUCAUCCUCUCUUCCAUGCCCUCAUGCACUCCUCGUUGCACCACUGCUCCCACCUCUGCAUGCCCCACCCACCACCAGUCAGUGCUGCUAGGCUCAUCAGACGAUCACGUGUGGCUCUACUCGCCUGACUUUGGCCGAUGCCUCUCCAAGAUGCAUGCACACGAUGACACAGUGUCAUGCAUGCAGGUCAGCCAAUGGGGCGCUGACACGUGUCUGUUGACAGCAUCAUGGGACGGCAGUGUGAAGCAGUGGAGCAUGGCCCACUCGCCCUUCCUCUCCGCCUCGCCCUUCUCCUCCUUCUCCUCCUCCUCGCCCCACUCCCAUAGCGGCUCGCAAACAACAGUCCACCCCCCUCCUCUAGCGGAGCUCAAUCAACACGACGCACCAAUCACAUCGCUCCAAGUGGCCAUCCCUGCCACGUCAGCAUGGCCCCUUGCUGCCUCAGGGUCAGCCAAUGGCUCUGUACUGCUGUGGGACAUGCGUGCCCCUCCUUCUGCCUGUGUCCCCUGGAGCUGCCGCCUCUCCCCUCUCACCACCACCACUGCUCCCACGUCGCCACUAGCAGUGACGGGGCUGGUGUUCUCGUAUGGGGGGCUGCACCUCACUGCUGCCGACUCCUCAGGCGGGCUAAGAGUGCUUGAGAUGCGCAUGGGCGGUGCUGAGCUGGCGUCUCAGCACUGUCCAGGUGGCGGGCUCACGUGCUGCAAGCCUCUCGGCGAUCAGUCUGUCCUCGCUGGCAGCGAUUCGGGUGAUAUCAUUGCAUGGGCAUGGGCAUCUGAGCUGGAGCAAUUUGGCCCUCAUUGCAGUGGAGCCAUGCGGCAGGGUGCAAGAGGUUUUAACGGCCUUUCUGGGAGUGUAGCAGCAAAGCAGCACGGUGUACAGUCUUCAUCAAAGAGAGCUCAAGGCUUGAGUUUCUUUUCUGUGCCCAUUAGUUCGUCUGGUGUGUCCUCUCUUGUUUCGUCUAGUGGUGUGAAGAACUCCAGGGUGAUGGUUGUGGGUUGUGAGGAGGGCUCUGCAACCUUGGUAGUAUAA